CUUGGAAGAACCAUACACUAGGCUGUGGGGUUCUGCAGAGAGAUCUUCUCCGUACCUUCCUGACUUAAAGUAAAGCUUUGCUCCCACCCCAACCCCAGAGCCCAAAAUGAUAGUAAUUUCUGCAAUCAGUGUUGCCCUCUUAAUUUCCAUACUAUGUGAAACAAGUGCAAUAGAGUUACACAAUUCCACUGAGCUGUUCUUGUCAGCCAAUAAUGACACUGAUCCUGGAGCAGUCUUGAAUGCUCAUCUGGAUUCUGCAAGUGUCCCCAAAGCCAGGAGGAAACGAUACAUUUCACAGAAUGACAUGAUUGCCAUUCUGGAUUAUCACAACCAAGUAAGAGGCAAAGUCUUCCCACCCGCAUCUAACAUGGAAUAUAUGGUUUGGGAUGAAAAUCUAGCCAAGUCUGCGGAAGCAUGGGCUGCUACCUGCAUUUGGGACCAUGGGCCUUCUUACUUAUUGAGAUUUCUGGGCCAAAAUCUGUCUGUACGGACUGGAAGAUACCGAUCUAUUCUCCAGCUAGUAAAGCCAUGGUAUGAUGAAGUGAAAGACUAUGCCUUUCCGUAUCCUCAAGACUGCAAUCCAAGGUGUCCCUUGAGAUGCUAUGGGCCCAUGUGCACACACUAUACUCAGAUGGUUUGGGCCACUUCCAAUCGAAUAGGCUGUGCAAUCCACACAUGUAACAAUAUGAAUGUCUGGGGGUCGGUUUGGCGACGAGCAAUUUAUUUGGUAUGCAACUAUGCCCCAAAGGGGAACUGGAUCGGAGAAGCACCAUAUAAAGUAGGGGUACCAUGUUCUGCUUGCCCUCCCAGUUACGGAGGAUCUUGCACUGACAAUCUUUGCUUUCCAGGGGUAACAUCAAACUACUUAUAUUGGUUUAAGUAA